GUCGAGCAGCAGGAGCCGGUGGGCAGCAUGGCUGACUCGGUGCUACUGCUUAAGAGGGGUCCUUCUCGCUCCACGUGGCUGCGGGCCCGCAAGGCCCGGCCGCACCUCAUCCUCAGCUACCGGCCCCGCCGCCGGCUCGGGAGGCUGCGCUGGCGCGGCCGAAGGCGCUUUCGGCGGCGACUGCUGCAGGCCCAGGCGGCCGGCGCGGACUGGCGGGAGGGCGUCUGCCUGGUGUCGCGCUCGGCGGCGCCCCGGAGGCCCAAGACCGCGGCCCCCAGCCCCCGCCCGGCCGAGGAUCCGGCCCCGAGUUGUUCCGCGAUCCUCCCCAUCCCGCCUGUGCGGUCGGCCGGCUCGGGCCGCGCCGUGUUGCUGCUGCCGCUGGGGCAGGGCUUUACUUUUAGCGGGAUCUGUCGUGUGACCUGCCUCUAUGGCCAGGUGCAGGUGUUUGGUUUUACCAUCAGCCAAGGCCAACCUGCCCCAAAUGUCUUCUCUACCUAUACCCACUCUCGCCUGACUAUCAAUGCAGUUCAUUACUCAGUGCAUGAGAAAAGCAAGAAAGAGAUGAAAAGGGAAGCCCGAAGUUUGCUCAGAUCUUAUCUGAACCAAGAUGACAGAUACUGUUUGAUGAAGAACUUUUCUCCUCUCUGUUCCAUUCUGUUGCUGGAACGUCUGAAAACCUCCACUGUGAACUUCAUAAUCAGCCAUCCAGGUUUAUCUUACGUUUUCGUACAAGAGAUUCCGACUUUCCAGAUUAACUCUGAGUAUUUCGCCUUGAAAUCUGUGGGCAUCAGAAGAGAGAGAAAAAAAACCGGCCUUCGUUUGACCGAGAGUGCCUUUUCAGUCAUGGAAGAGUUAGUGAGCAUUUCUUGUGAAGAAGCCGACGGCUGCCCUGUCAUUCUGGUCUGUGGCUCUCAGGACAUUGGAAAGUCAACAUUUAAUAGAUACCUGAUUAACCAAUUGUUAAAUAGUAUAUCCUGCAUUGACUAUUUGGAAUGUGAUCUGGGACAGACAGAAUUUACUCCGCCAGGUUGCAUUUCUCUACUUAAUGUUACAGAACCAGUUCUAGGACCACCUUUCACCCACCAGAGGACACCCCAGAAAAUGGUCUAUUAUGGGAAGCCUUCUUGUAAAAACAACUUUGAAAAUUAUAUUGAGAUAAUAAAGUACGUGUUCAGCUCCUACAAGAGAGAGUCCCCUCUUAUCGUCAACACGAUGGGCUGGGUGACAGACCAGGGUCUCCUGCUGCUUAUUGACCUGAUCCGACUGCUGUCGCCCAGCCACGUCGUUCAGUUCAGCUCCGACCGGGGUAGGUACAUGCCAGACCUCAGCCCGAGCUACGUGGACGACAUGGACGGCUUGUACACAAAGAGCACGUCCAAAGCCAGAAACCGAGGAUUCCACGUGGCAGAGUUUGCAGACAGUUUGGAAUUUGCUGACGAAGAAAAGGAGAAUCCAGUUCUGUUGACUGGAUACAAACUGAUGUCCGUUAAGUCGGAGUUUGUGUCUGGAAAAACUCCAAGAAAUAGAGAAUCACAUAACAAAGUCCUUCGCGAAUUGGCAGUGCUGAGUUACCUUGGCCAGCUGCAGCCCCCAGUGCCGAAGCCACUGUGUCCCUUACAUGGUCUGACACCCUAUCAGGUCCCUUUCAACGCCGUCGCACUCCGGAUUGUCCAUGCUGAUGUCGCUCCUACCCACAUAUUAUAUGCUGUGAAUGCCAGCUGGGUUGGGCUUUGCAAGAUCCUGGAUGAUGUCAGAGGAUAUGCAAGUGGGCCCAUCCUGCUUGCCCAGACGCCCAUCUGUGAUUGUUUGGGGUUUGGAAUUUGUAGAGGGAUCGACAUGGAGAAGCGGCUUUACCACAUCCUCACUCCUGUGCCCCCGGAAGAGCUAAGGAACGUGAACUGUCUGCUGGUUGGAACCAUUUCCAUUCCACAGUGUGUCCUCAAGAGCCAGCGUGGGCUCGAAGGGACGAUACCUUACAUCACAACAGAUUAUAAUUUUAAACUUCCCGGAGCAUCAGAGAAAAUUGGAGCAAGAGAAAUUGAGGAAACACGUAAAGAGAAAGUACACCCCAAACCUAAAUUCUAUCGAAAAACAAACUGAUCCUGAUGUUCUUAAUAAGGGAAGGACCUUUUCUACCGAGAGCUUGACUCUGACUCCAGGCUGGCACCAGCGGACUGAUGGGGUUCUGUGGCCACGAACAGCACGGCGCGCUUACGUAGCAAAUGGGGCAGUGUUUGCUGCCUAACUCGUGGAUAUGUUCAGAGUACAUUUAAAUCUGUUCUUAAGUUGACAUGACCUAGAGGUUUGCCCUAGUCUUCUGUUUUAUUUUCUAAGGGAGUAAAGCAGCAGGGAAAAGUUUGUGCGCCCUUGAAACAAAAAGAACAUGGUAGAUUCCUCAUAAAGUUUUUCCAGUACCUGGUUGUUGGCAUCUGGAUAAAAAUAGAGUGACGGGAGCCACAGAAACGUCCCAAGGAGGAAGGCAGGCUGGCCAGCAGGAUGGAGAGCGUAACGGAAUAUGGUGGCGCCCUGUGGUCCUUGCCCUGGGGCGGGGGGCAUUCCCAUCCCUGCUCAUUGGAUGCUCUUCAGCCCCGUCCGUGCGUGUGGGGGCCAAGGGUUAAGCUUCUGGUCUGUUAAUCAAGGUUUCAGAGAGAAAAGUUUGACUCCAGAGCCCUUCUUCUUCCUUUUUAAAAUCUGAUGCUGAAAAAUUUUAUGCUGAAAAAAUGCUCUCAAAUCCAGGAAGCCUAUCUUGGGGCCUCUUGAAAACCAGAUUUGUCCUAAUUGACUUCGCAUCUGAGAUUAAAAACACACAGUGGGCAGAGCCGCACACUAGGCUGUUUGGAAGAAGGACCGGGGGAGCAGCUCAUGCUCUUGGGCUCGGUGGCUGGACCUGAAUCUGUGUCGGUGAUGGUGCUGUUCUCCCAGGGGGCUUUGGGGCCAACGAUGGAACUCCAUCUUCUCCCUGGUGGUCAGGAUUCUUUAACCUCCCAGGUUGGAAGUGGGUUUGGUAAACAAUCAGGACAGGCAGGUCAGGUCAGGUCACCAUUUCUGCGUUUAGGACGCUGAGGCAGCCUUUGAAGCUGGUGGUGUGAACUCCAGCUCCCUAGCAGGAUGUGUUGAAGGACAGCUAUUGGGAUGUGUGGGUUUUCUCGUUUACGUUCAUUUAAACCGUUGACUGUCACGGUCUUAAGUAGUCACAUGGCUUCUCAUCUCGUAGAGCCCUUGUCACCGUCCAGGAUCAGGUGUGAUACCCUAGAGACCAUUUAAUGUCUAGCUUCUUUUUUUUUUUUUGCAGUGGGAACCAUUUAAUCUGCAUACGGAGACUUGUAUUUAUCGUGAUUCUUUCUACCAGAGGAACAAAGGGGGCCCUGCAGGAAGGGCUUCUUUUUUUUUUAAAUUUUAUUUAUUUUUUUAUACAGCAGGUUCUCAUUAGUUAUCCAUUUUAUACAUAUUAGUGUAUACAUGUCAGUCCCAAUCGCCCAGUUCAUCCCCCACCCCCCCACCCUAAUGUCUAGCUUCUUAGUUGCUUCUUAUUUAUAUCUAAAUUUAACUUGUACAUGGUUUUCUUUCUUAGCCUUGCAAAGACUAUUAACAGACAAUCCACCAUCAACUUUUUGCCUCCUUCCCAAGUUCCUGUACCUUUACAAUAAUACUGUAGGUCUUUAGCAGCAAGUGGUGGCCUGUCAUUUGCGUUUUCAUUAAAUCCAGGCUCGCUUUUAGCCUGUUUCCUGCUGGCCUUUAAGGCUGCGGGCUUCAGUCCCCGUCGGUAAAGAAAACAAAACGUUGCCGCUAGAGGGAGCUGUCAGCCAUUGGUCAGCUGGCCAUACAGCAGCUGGAGAUGGCCACAGCUGGAGAUGGCCGUGGAGCCCACCUAGGCCUCUGUCAGCAUCCAGAGAUGCUGGAGACAGGGCGCUCUGGUCAGCUCCAGGUGUGCCAGUCAGACUGGCAACGGUGCAUCCGCCUGGUGUGUGUGAUUAUCAGUGGCGAUGGCUUGGGCUUACUGUCAUUUCCACUGUCUGAUGACUCAGGAUGGGUAGUGAGUUCUGCGCUGGAGAUACUGUUAACAAAAACUCAGUCAUUUCUGCAUGUGAUUUUUAAAGCAGGUCAUGCUUAUUUUAAGAAAAUUAAAGGAAUAUAUGACUUAGAACAAGAACCCUUAGUCACUGAUUUUGUGGUUCUUGAAAAUCAGCUGUCUAGAUCUGUUUCCAGGACAGGUAGACAUGAAAAUGAAAAGAUUCUCCAAUUCUAGGGUUGAUUUUAUUUUGUGAAGACAGGUAGUUCUGUUUCCAUCGGUCCCCCGAUAGGCCUCGGGGGCAGACACCACUGUAUCCUCUGAGACCCCAGCUUAGAACUGAGGACUUAGGAAAGGGGAGACGGGUCGGUGAACUGCCUCUUGAGGUGCCUUGGUGUUUGAAAAAUCGAAUCCUGGAAGUAGCUGGCCAGAGAGGACAUGGGGGUGGUGGGGCCCCAGCUGAAGCAAGGGAGCCCGCUGCCGCUCCUGGGGUCCCUGUGACAGGCGGGUCCUCACCCUUCCGGGCACUCAGGUUUCUGCCCGACAGAUGGCGAGAGGACCAAGGGACAUGGGGCGGUGAUUCUUAAAGCAUCUGGUAGUUUCCCUUAGAUUCGGUUGAGGCCAUGUAGUGGUUAAGGCAGCAGGUUUUGAUGUUGGAGCUCUGAGUUCACCUUCUGGCUGGGCCGCUGGCUAGCAGUGUAGCUUUGAGGGCGUAUCUAACCUGAGCCUGUGUCCUCUAAGAUGGGCGGAUAGCGCUUCCCUCGGGGCCCCUGCGUGAGGAGGGUGAGAGGCGUGUCUACAGCAGGCGAAGCAGUAACUCUUAGCAUGCGGCCUGUCUCUAAGGGUUGUAAAUCCAGAAGGCAGGACCACGAUUGUGUCCCUCACAGUCACACUGGGACAAAGCAGAAACUGUCGCCAUCGGAAACCAUCUUACCUGGCGGUCCCCGGGCCGGUUUCCCUUAACACCGUUCUUCCUGCUGCGGGUCCUGCUCAGGGCUCCGGAGAGGAAGGUCCCAGGGCUUCCACCGAUCACCCGCUCCUGGGAGUUUCUCAUAAACCCCACUAACUGCUUUCAAAGUUGUGUGACCAGUUCACCCGUGAAGGAACUGAUCCUGAAGUCCACCAGCACCGAAUCACUGCUGAUGCUGUGAUGCUGUUUCGUCCAGUACUUUGCUAAAAUGCACGUGUGUGUGUUUUAUAAAACUGGUGUCCAACUGUAUGUAUGGUUUCUAUCCAGCUCUUUUCACUUAAUAUGUGAACUUCUGUAUCAUUAAAUAUUUUUGAGAAUGUGA